AUGGUUUUUGGUGGUGAUAGUGUUCGGACGGCUUCAGGCGAAGAGGUGAACACCAAGGGCAUUCGAACGUCGCGUGUCCUUGAGAAACGAAGACCGCAAAACGGCACUCAUCACCGGAAUGAGAUAUGGAUCCUGGCCAAGUUACUAAAUGAAAGUAUAGUAACAGGUAUUUCCACGCUUGGAUAUAAUGACUCCAGUGAGAAAGAAUGGAUCACAGAUUAUAUGCUGAUGUAUUCCACUGGAAAAGAGUAUUUGAGUUUUAAAGAAACGAGUGGAGAAGUGAAGAAUUUCACCGGAAAUAACGACAUUUUCACACAACGUUACAACUACGUCCCACUUCCGGUUAUUACGGGCCUGGUUAUGGUAAUACCGCUGGGAUGGAAUAAUAAUAUUGGCUUACGAAUGCAAAUUUAUGGUUGUGCUCCGGGUUACUACUUUUUGGCGAAGCUAAAAAUAUUUGAACUUUUUGCAUUCAAUGAUCUCGAAUGUUCGGAUAACUCAAGAGAACUGUAUCAAUACUGGUCAGCUAAAUCUACAGACGAGAUAAGACGUCUUUUAGAACAUACCCAAGGGUUUCUGCGUGUGACGUUUCGACGCUUUCGGUUGAGUUCACGGUCGUUUAAACCAUUGGUUUCCGCUGAGUUGGAGAUACAUUGUAUCAAGGAAGCUUCCUCCUUCGUUUCUACGACCCUGGAAAAAAAAGUGUCCUCAGAACGCAUCGAAAUCCACUAUCCUGGAAAUUCCAGUUGUUAUUCCCCUGAUGUCGAAAUUCACGUCGUCAAUAAGAAAUCUUUAACCAGGAAAGUUUUCACAACAUCACGCCCGAAACUGCUCCCGGUCAUCUCUCGCUGUGACACCAGGCCCAUGCGAUUAAGUUCUUCCUUAUGGGAAAUGUCACUUGUCUGUGACGAAAAUCGAAAUCUUAUAUUUCAAAACAUUAGCCUUAAGGAGAGGUUCGUAUUUAACCCUCGCAAGAUUUGUGGAUAUUGCAAUACUCCCUAUUCAAUAAUUAUCAGAUAUUCAGCACGUCUAAAUGACCCUGGUGGAAAAAGAAUAGAAGCUUUUAACCUCCUCAAGGUGGAACUGCCAGAACUUUUAGCAGAGAUAAAAGGCCAGCAGGAGGCUAGCAGAGGAGUGUCGGGUGAAGUAAUCUUAAAUGCUUCGCAGUCACAUGAUCCAGAUAGCCUAGCUUAUGGAGUACUUAGUUUCAAUUGGUUUUGCAGUUAUAAGAUGGAUAACAUGUCUUUAAAUGAGAGCUGCGGUAACGGAAAGAUGACCUCAAACGGAUCAAUCUUGGUCGUAUACGUCAAUAGACUAAAGUCAAUGCAGAGCUACCAUUUUAAAGUGCUGAUUUCAAAGGGAAAUAGGAAAAAAGAAGCAACUCAUGUGCUUAAGGUGCAUCCAGCUGUAAACUUCACUUUCAGAUGUAUAACCAAUUGCGGUGAAAAGGUCAUUCAAUCCAAGCCGUUGAAGCUCAAACCCAUUUGUGAGGGAAAACUAUGCAAUUUGAUUAGGAACAUAAAAUGGCAUGUCUACAUUUUUCAUUCCACGAACCAUAGCCGUAGGUGGAAAAAUUUGCAAGCAUUUACCUGUAUAUCUCCAAGAAAAUUGAAAACUUUUUCCGAGAAGGGAUUUUCCAUGAAGAAUAUUUCUGAUGAAACCAGAAACCCUCGGAUAAAGAUCAAGGCUACGAUUGGAAUACAGAUUAAACAUGAUUUGAUCCACGAAGAUUACGAGAAAGAGUUCGUUGUGAAUUCCUUGCCUGAUGAAAAAAAUGAAGGAGGUGGCUGUUCUGUCACCCCUGAUGACGGUUUCGCAGUGGAAACGUUAUUCAAUAUAACUUGCGUUGGAUGGAAUGACGAGGAUAAACCCCUAAAGUACGAGUAUCACUACAACACGAGCGCUGGCAUAGUAAUCAAUUAUCCAAAGGCAAUAAACAACAUGUUGUCUACACAUCUUCCCGCGGGUGAUAGAGCAAAGGACUUCGAGUUACUGGUGGGCAUUAUUGUUAAGGAUAAACUUGGAGAUAAAAGAACCAGCAAAAUUAGAGUCAAGGUAAGGGACCAGGACUCAGUGAUGGAAACGUUACAUAAGAUUGCAAACGGAAGUAAGAACAAAUUCAUAGACUUGGCAAACACGAGUGAGUAUAAGAAGGCCAGCGAGGUGGCGAUUUCGGUGCUGUCAAUUGUGGAACAGAGGAGGCAUUGGAAUGAUUCAAAGCGAGGUGCAAUAUCAGAGGAAACAGCUCGGAAGCUGAAAGAUAAUACCAUAAAAGCACUGAAAGGAGCUAGAAUCGACGAUAUGGACAUUUUCACAAAAGUUACUACGGUGGUAGCCAUGGUAACCGACGAAAGAGACGAGAUAUCUCAAGAUGAACAGGGAGUGGCAUUGGAACUGCUGGAAAAUGCGACAAAUUUUCUGUCCUCGUUACUAGCGAACAAAAGCGAAGAUACAGAUGCACGCACGGUGGCAGAGAUCAGUUCGAAAAUAUUACUUGGGUUGGGAAAUAUUUUGAGAAUAUCUUCUGAAGAUGCCAGAAACUAUGUACUUGGCUCCGCAAUUGGAAAACAUUGGUAUAAUGUGGACAAGACUAAGGUAUUGCAUAAUACUCAAGAUUGA